AUGGGGAACAUGGACGGGAAAACCGUGGAGGAGCUCAGCACCACCGAGUGCCACCAGUGGUAUAAGAAGUUCAUGACAGAGUGUCCUUCUGGCCAGCUCACCCUCUACGAGUUCAAACAGUUUUUUGGCUUGAAAAACCUGAGUCCUUCAGCGAACAAAUACGUUGAGCAAAUGUUUGAGACGUUUGACUUCAAUAAGGAUGGCUACAUAGAUUUUAUGGAAUACGUGGCAGCUCUGAGCCUGGUCCUGAAAGGGAAGGUGGACCAGAAGCUGAGGUGGUACUUCAAGCUCUAUGAUGUGGAUGGGAACGGCUGCAUUGACCGGGGAGAGCUGCUGAACAUCAUCAAAGCCAUCCGAGCCAUCAACCGCUGCAACGAAACGAUGUCGGCUGAGGAGUUCACAGACAUGGUGUUCGACAAAAUCGAUAUAAAUGGAGAUGGUGAGCUGUCCCUGGAAGAGUUCAUGGAGGGCGUGCAGAAGGAUGAAAUGCUGCUGGACAUCCUCACCCGCAGCCUGGACCUGACACACAUCGUCCGGUUGAUCCAGAACGACGGGAAGAACCCGCACGAGCUGGAGGAGGCAGCGGCUGACAAGUAACCCCCCGGGACGCUCUCCCUGCGCCUCCACUCUUCCCCCCUUGCAUCAUCAACUCGUGUCGUGGUUGUGGGAGCUGGUGAACUGUCCCAGUGCCAGCGUGGCCACAGGCUACCCUGUUAGUGCAGGCACCAGGACCUGCUCUGAAGGUGCCGCUCCCCCGGCAGAUGGGUUUGGGGAG